CUUGCUUGCUGCUGAAGGGGUGUCCAAUGCAGUCAACUAUGUCUUGGACCAAUCUCACAGCAGCAGUGUGGUGCCAUUUAGUGCUGCAUCUGCAUCUACUAGCUCCAACCACAACAGGAGCAUCAAAACUUCGACGGCCGUCGAGCUUCCAGUCAUUCCAAAUGUCAUCCGGACCACCACGAUAAAGUUGCAUGACACUUCCUCCUACCAGGCAAGAUAUGGGGUGAAGCGAAAGUCCAAUGAACUGGAUUCAGUUCCCGUUGUCCACUUGGUCGUCGACAACCAAUCACAUAAUCAGAGGACCCAACAGCAACAGCAGCAUCGCCAGUCCGAUGCUCAGACCCAGCCUCAAGUACAGACAGUGCCGCAGAAGAGAGGCGGUGAUCAUAGUCACCAUCACAGCUCUCAGAGGCACCACUACCACCACAAGCACAGUUCGAACACCAGUUCCUUUAAGAACUCAACUAACAACAACGGGAACCAGAAUACCACAAAGAAUAGCUCAUCCGGAAGUGAAGGGGACUAUCAGCUUGUGCAGCAUGAAGUCCUUUAUUCCAUCAACAAUCAGUAUGAAGUGCUUGAAUUUCUUGGUAGAGGAACAUUUGGACAAGUUGUAAAGUGCUGGAAGAAAGGGACCAAUGAAAUAGUGGCUAUUAAAAUAUUGAAGAAUCAUCCUUCUUAUGCUAGACAAGGGCAGAUUGAAGUUAGCAUUUUGCAUAGGCUUAGUCAAGAAAAUGCUGAUGAGUAUAACUUUGUCCGUGCUUAUGAGUGCUUCACACACAAGAACCAUACCUGCUUGGUGUUUGAGAUGCUGGAGCAAAAUUUAUAUGACUUCCUGAAGCAGAAUAAGUUCAGUCCACUUUCUUUGAAAUUCAUCCGUCCCAUUCUACAACAAGUAUUGACAGCUCUUCUAAAACUCAAGCAAUUGGGCCUCAUACAUGCAGACUUGAAACCAGAAAAUAUAAUGUUGGUAGAUCCUGUACGACAACCCUUUCGGGUGAAAGUAAUUGAUUUUGGAUCAGCCAGUCAUGUGUCCAAGGCUGUAUGUUCUACAUAUCUUCAAAGUCGUUAUUACAGAGCACCAGAAAUUAUAUUAGGUCUUCCAUUCUGUGAAGCUAUUGACAUGUGGUCCUUAGGAUGUGUCAUAGCUGAGCUGUUCCUCGGGUGGCCCCUCUAUCCGGGUUCUUCGGAGUAUGAUCAGAUAAGGUACAUCAGUCAGACUCAGGGUUUGCCGGCAGAACAUAUGCUAAACAAUGCAACAAAAACUACUCGAUUUUUUUAUCGUGAAACAGAUAGCAACUAUCCUUUCUGGAGACUUAAGACUCCUGAGGAACAUGAAGCUGAGACAAAUAUUAAAUCAAAAGAAGCCAGAAAAUAUAUUUUUAAUUGCCUUGAUGACAUGGCUCAGGUAAAUGUGCCAAAUGAUUUAGAAGGAGGUGAACUUGCAGCUGAGAAGGCUGACAGACGCGAGUUUAUAGAUCUGCUGAAGCGCAUGUUGACACUGGAUCAAGAGCGUCGUAUCUCGCCUGUGGAGGCUCUGAGUCAUAGUUUUGUGGCUCUCAGUCAUUUGUUAGACUAUGGACACUGCAAUAAUGUGAAGUCUUCAGUGACGAUGAUGGAAGUGUGUCGAAGGAACAGACAUAAUUUCGACCACAACAGCAACCAAAUUCCAAUAGUAACUGGCUUUACGUCAUCUGGCAAUGUGGCUCUCACGUUCAACAACCAACUGAACUUGCAAAACCAGGUAAUAUUUUCAAAGACUUUAAUUUAAAAUUUUGAAGCCAUUUUUCAACGAAUCAACUUGUCUCAGCAUCAGACUUCCACAAGAGUUAGUGCUGCUCCCACUGUAAAUAACAAUUUGUAUGCUGCAACUGCAUCUCAAGCCCGUGCUGCUGACCCCUUCCAGCAUGUGGCACCUUCCCUCUGUGUAUCUUCCAUUCUUUGUCCUCCAUAUCAGAGUUUGAAUUCCCCAGCCAAGCAUAUAGUUCCUGUAGUCGCAGCACAAGCAGCCCAGCCACCAGCCUUACAAAUUCAACAGUCCUUAUUAACUCAGGUGGGAACUCACCAGUAUGUACCUGUGUCAGUUGUUGAACAAAAUGGUCGUCCAAUGUUAUUAACUAAUGCCGUACAGCCAGGUUGGCCAAGCAAUCGUCAGAUGUUUGUACCAUCUUGGCAACAGCUUCCAACACAAAGAACAUUCCAGCAACCAGUUAUCCCUGAGGCAGAAUCUUGGGGAAGGCCUUUGGUAUUAGAACGGGCUGCUUUAUUGCCAGAACAAUCUGCUGUUAUACCAGUUGAGGUUCGAGAAACUGCUGUAUACGACCAUCUGAGAGACAAUACUCAGUUGAACUCUCUGCUCCCUCAACAGGCAGCAACUCUUGCUGCUCCAAACCUCACUCAACCCUGGACAAUUAUGACCGCAGAGUCUGCCCAUUGUCCCGCACCUACCUCCAGCCAACAGCAUCGUCACAUCCAGCAGAACGUGUCGUCCCAUCGACUCAACAAGAGCAGCGUCGCCAGUGUGCAGUUACCUUCGAAACGGGUUCAGAAAACACGGCCAAGCAAGGAAAGGGAAGUGAGUCAUCAUCUGUCCCCAGCAAGAAAGAGGUUAAAAGAGAGUACCUCUCCCAAGUGGGAACAUGCAAAUGGAGACGGUCUGAGCCAUUUAUUCUCGGCCGCCCAUCAGUCGAAGACUUUACCCAACCAAACGGUCCAUUGGAUGUCUCACAAUUCCAAGCCUGUAUUCAAAGCUAGCUCAAGUCAUCGGCAAUCGUCAGUGGCUGUUGACAGAGAAAUAUCAAAGCCAACCAUUGUUAUAUGUGAUACACCUAGCCCUGCUAUUAGUGUAAUCACACUUAGUUCUGACUCUGAUGAAGAAUUGGACCCUAUUGUGAUCAAAGGGAAAAUUUCAUCAGAAAAGAAAGUUAUCAAAUCGAUUUCUGGACAACACAUGACUAAUUCAGUCAUUGCAACUACUUGUGCCAGUGUUUUACCUCUCACGCCUGAUAACCAAGGAAAUCUUGCCUUGAAGCUUGGAGCAUCUGUUGGACAUGCAGCUGUCAAUUUUAAAGCCCAUCAAAGAGUGAGCUGCGUAACAGUCUUUGAUUCUGAUUCUGACGAUCAGCAUAGUCCUAUCAAGAAUCAGAUGAUUUGUGGAACGAAAGUCAUUAAACCUGAACCUCAAAAAGAGAUUUUAAACUCUCGAGUGAAUGUUUGCCAGAAGAAGAGGAUAUUAUCUCAAGCCAACAUCUAUAACCAGUGUCAACUGAAUGUCGGGACUGUGGUUCAGACAAAGCAAGAGAUCAUCACUGAUGAUGAGCAGAGUACAGCUUUCCUGCAGAACCUCCAUUGUUUGCCUACGACUCAACACCAGGCUACACCUGUGGCACUCACGUCCACCGUUCCAUCGGUGCUCUCAAGCCGCUAUACGGGGACUUACACUAAAAGCUCUGAUCGGUCGUUGAAGAGUCCUUAUUGUGGGAGAGAACAGAAAUCAAGCAUUAUAAUUGGCAAUUGUGAGCAGCUGCCUUCCAAUGACGAACUGGCACGUCAUUCUCAAUUGGCCACGUCUCUACAUACUACUCCAGGACCGCAUAUCAGUCAGUCACUCUAUUUAACUACUAGUCAAGCUGACAUGUACAGUAACUACUGCAGGUCUUCAGUACAUGCUUCCUCGAGCCUCUCCCAACCGACCUACAUCUCCAGCCAGUCGCAGAAGUACAUCCUCGCUGCUGGGGAACAUUCCAACCCCGCCACCUUUGCCUCGACCCAACUGCCGGUGCCACCGCCGGCACACCACCAUGCCAGCCGUGCCGCCAUCGCGACCUCUAUCCCUUAUUCGGGGUCAAGCAGCCACCCCUUGCCUGCUCACAUGCAGCCCGCCACCGUGGGGACCUCGUCGUCGAUUCUCCCUGCCGCCGCAGUUCCUCUGGUGUCCUUCCCGUCUGGCACUUCGCAGGCCCAGGCGCCGGCACUGUACACCUACAACGCCGUCAGCCCCAUGAAGACGCAGUACCAGCAGCUAUGCCAAAUGUUCAGCGAGUAG